UAUGAUUAGCGUUGUUCAUUUUUCUAUUGGCUUUGGUAUUUUAUUAUCAUUUGGAGAAUUUAUUCCAGUUCUUAAAGGUUCGAUAACGAACAAUGAAACUUCUUUAGGUUUAAUCAGUUCAUUAUCUUUAUUCUUUGCUUUUUCUAUGGCUCCGUUUUCGACAUUUUUAACUGACAGACUACGAACUAGGAAAUCAUUGUUGGUUACCAUAAGUUUUGCAUCAGUCACUUUAGCAUUUACUGGAGCAGUAAGUAACCUUUGGUGGGUGAUGAUCUUCUUUGGCGUUCUUUUUGGCUCAUCAAUGGCUAUUUUAACAAAUCCUCAUUUUUUUCUCUGCAAUGAUUACUUUCCCUUUCAUCACAAAAGACAUGUCGUGGCUACAAGUCUUAUGACCUGUGGAUUUCCUCUUGGAUCGUUGAUAUUCAACCCUAUAACUUAUUACUUCAUAGCAAACUACGGAUGGAAUACUGCAUUUGCUGCCAAUGCUAUAAUAGCAAUUGUUGUUAUUGCACCUACAAGCCUACUUAUGGUAGAAGUUUCAGACGUACAAAAUAAUGAAGAUUCAGAUGAAGAAGAGAAAAAAAGUAUUAUUGAACAUGAAGAAGAUGCGAAAACAUCUGGUAUGAAACUUAAAGUAUCCACAAGACUGAUAGUUGGUUCAAUAUGGUUAAUGGCAAAUCUUCUUAAAAGUGUAGCAUAUUCAGCGCCGUUUAUGUUCUUAGUUCACUAUAUGACUAAAAAUGGCAUACCCCAAGGUAAAGCAAGUCUUGGUAUGACACUUAUGUCUACUUGUGAAUUUUUUUCGAGGUUGGCUUCAUCGUACUUUGGUGAUAAACUAAAAGGAAAAUUUAUACUUGCAUAUGUCAUAUUCUCUUUCAUAUUGAGUGUUGUUAAUUUCCUGGGUUCAUUUACACAUAAUUUCCCAACGAUUAUAAUUUACGCCAUUUCGCUAGGUAUAUUUGAUGGUCCAAUUAUUGCUGUCCUAUUAUCGUCAUGCAUCGAACUACAUGAUGGAUAUCAUCUAAAUGAAACGUUCUCAAUAUUUCGUCUAGGUAUGGGAGUUGGAUAUUUAAUUGGGCCUACUUUAUCAGGAUUUUUAUACGAUUAUUACGGAAGUUUCAAGCCUAUUUUUUAUACAACGUCAUUGGCAUACUUUCUUUCAAGCUGUUGUUACGCUCUUUGUCUGCUUUUAAGAAAAUAUAAAAAGUCUUGGUGGAUUCCUGAAAAAGUGGAAAAUAUUGAAAUGAAUAAUCCGUCUACAUCGCAGCAAUAA